AAAUAUUCUGGAAGACAAACCAAAUGACCAGGCAUCACGAUGGUCUUCUGAUUCAAAUAAUCCACCACAGUUCCUGAUAUUAAAACUAGAACGUCCAGCAGUGUUAAAAACUAUAACUUUUGGGAAGUAUGAAAAAGUUCACGUCUGCAACAUCAAAAAAUUUAGGGUCUAUGGAGGUUUAUCAGAUGACAACAUGGUGCUCCUGUUAGAAAGUGGAUUGAAAAAUGACACUGUCCCUGAGACUUUCCUAUUAAAGCACACAGUGUCUGGACAUCAGUUUCCAGUUCGCUAUGUAAAGAUAGUUCCUUUACAGUCAUGGGGAUCAACCUUCAACUUUAGUAUUUGGCAUGUUAGUCUUGGAGGCUGUGAGGACUGGAACAUUGUGCAGAAAUGUAUCAACUGGUAUACAACUUAUCGGGAAAGAGAAGCCAUCCGCCUGUGUCUGAAACAUUUUCGCCAGCAUAAUUACACAGAAGCAUUUGAAUCUCUGGAGAAGAGGACACGUGUUACUUUAGAAGAUCCUAGACUAACAAAGCUUCACAAACUCCUAGUGGAACAAGGAGAUUUUGAUGGCAGUGAGAAACUCAUAAGCGAAGCAGCACGAGAUGGAUUGUUUCAACAGUACAUCAGCCAACAAGAAUAUAAACCACAGUGGACACCCAUCAUCCCAUCCCCAACUGGCAGUCGUCAGCAGCCUGGCAUGAGAGGUGGUCACCAAAUGUGUAUUGACACAAAUACUCAGACUAUAUACUUGUUUGGUGGGUGGGAUGGCAACCAGGAUUUAAGUGACUUGUGGUCAUACCAAGUGUUGUCACAAGAAUGGACUUGUAUAUCACGCGAUACUCAUGCAAAGGGAGGGCCAAGUGCACGUUCCUGUCACAAGAUGUGUUUGGAUCCUGAACGUAGACAGAUUUUCACCUUAGGAAGAUAUCUUGACUCAGCUCUUCGAGUUCCAGAAAACUUAAAAAGUGACUUCUAUAUGUAUGACAUAGAAAACAACAAAUGGACACAAAUCACAGAAGACACAGCUGCUCUUGGAGGUCCCCGGCUUAUAUUUGACCAUCAAAUGGUGAUGGAUGUGGAGAAUCGAAUAAUUUACGUCUUUGGAGGCCGUGUGCUCACCCCCUCACGUUGGGAGGGGUGCGUUGGGGGUUUGGGGCUGGAUGAGCGACGCAACAAUACCUACACUCCUAGCGAAGCAAUAUUCUCUGGUCUUUAUUCAUACCAUGUAGCAACUAAUACAUGGACUAAGCUAAGAGAUGAUGACUGUGCAGGAAAUGGCACAGGACCUCAAGAUAUUAAAUCUAGAAUUGGACACUCUAUGCUCUUCCAUAGUGGGACCCGGCAGCUAUUCAUACUAGCAGGUCAGAGGAACAAGGAGUACCUGACAGAUUUCUUUACCUACAAUAUAGACUCUGACACUGUAACAUAUAUUAGUGAUGGAUCUGGAAAAGAUUCUGCCUCAGUACCUGCCGCUGGAUUCACUCAGAAAGCAACAAUAGACCCACAGUUAAAUGAGAUCCAUGUUCUGUCG